AAGACAUGGACGUUGCUGAAUCAGAAUUCCGCUGACCACUGGUCGAAGCGUUCAUGAUGAACCGUUCAAAGAUUCUGCUUUCAAUUUUGCUAGCGCUAUGCACCGUCCAAACGGUGUUAUCGUUAUCGUGCUUCUCGUGUGACCACAUGGACGAUGACGAUGUGUGUGAAGAAAACUUUAUCGAAUGUGAUGCCGCGACUGCUGCCAAUGGCAUGCUGAGGGUAGCCGCCUUCAAACCCUCCAUCCAGAUGAUUCAGUCCACAGAUUUUCGCUGCUUCCAUCUCUUGAUUGAGGAAUCGGCCGACAGACAGUACCGGACGAUGGGAUGUUCAUAUGAUAGUGUGGAUGUGUGCCAGGGAGAACCACGCGUUGGUAGACAGGUUGAGUGCAGAUGGUGUAAUGAUCGCGAUGGAUGCAAUUCUGCCGGUAGUAUCAAAGCCAGCGUAUUACUCAUCGCAGGGCUGGCGCUGGUCGGCAUUGUGAAAAGAAUUUUCUAGCAGGAGAAACCCAAAAAAACCGUAUCUGCAUUUAAGUCACAUAACAAUGAAGUCAGCAUGCUUACAACGUUACAUGUUUCAGUGAAUUAAAAUUAAACCAUAUUUUCCCUUUGACUAAAACAUUACCUACUUAUCAGUCUGUGUUUUUUUAUGUUUUGCUUGCAAACAUAAAAUCGUUACGACAUUGUCAUUUAAAUCUGGUUAAAUCUACAAAUCCAUUUGUAGGAAAAAUAAAUACAAUCAUGUUCAACGGUUCA